UGCCGUGCCCCGCGCCGCCCAUCACAUCAUGGCGCAGGCGCGCAGAGAAUGCCAACGCGCACAAGACGCGCUCUUUCUGAUGAAGACGGCGAAUAAUGGGGCGCUCGCGUGCGGAUCAGCGCUCGACGGUUCCCUUUAUUGACGGCCGCGGCCGCUGGGUGGCCGGACAAACGGAGUCGUCUGCCAUCACAGGAGCCGCCAAGGGCAUCGUAAGUGGCCCGCCUGUGGACCCAGACAAAGGCCAUCGCAGCACAGCCGUUCGUCCCCGCGCCCACGCCUGGACGACAAGGCCAGGAGGGGUAUCCGGCGCUGGGAGAGCCCGUCACAGGCUGGUGGCGGCGCGUGGCAGCCAUCACCUCACCUUCCAUAAGAGCCGCCCGUCGCCCGCUCUGCGUCCAUUGACCCUCUCCCUUCUCGUUGCUUCCUCAUUCCGUGAGACUAGUUCGUGCCUCGAUAGCCUGCCGCAGCUCCACCCCCGCCAGGCAGCUGUUCUCCGAGACCGUAGCCUGUCAAUUUGCGUCCCUGCAGCAAUCACGCACCACGCACCGCGCCGCGCCCGAGCCCUUUACCCGGAAUUGAGAUAUAUCUGCUCUAGGAGCCUUUCUCGACCCCGUCAGCGUCCCGCGAGCCCCAUCCCCAUUCCUGAAGCUCUCCAGCAGCUGCGUUGAGCGCCCCGCCGCCCGAAUCCUCCUCCCCCUCCACAGGCUACGCAUACCCGCGCCCGCACCAUGUCUGAAGGCGCGGUCAAGCCCGCGAACCCGGUGGUCGCAGAGGCCCACCAGGUCGACACCUUCCACGUCCCCAAGGCAUUCCAUGAGUGAGUCUAUUUUGCAUUGCAUCAUCGUCCAAGACAUUGUGCGGGCGGUGGCUUUCCCCAAGCUUCGCCGCGGAGAGCGGGGUGACCCCGCCAUGCCCAGAGCGCAUCGCGAUCACCACACAAAGCCCAGAAAGAGAUGAAUGCCGGCUGAUGCAUGACCUCACAGGAAGCACCCGCACACGG